UGAUGGCGUUUGCUGAUCUGAGAGACGAGCUGACCUGCUCCAUCUGUCUGAGUAUUUAUACAGAUCCUGUAACCCUGACAUGUGGACACAGCUACUGCCGGGUCUGUAUCGGGGAUGUGCUGGACACACAGGACCGAUCUGGAGUUUAUACCUGUCCUGAGUGCAGAGUUGAGUUUCAGGAACGUCCGGCACUGGAGAAAAACAGGAAACUGUGUAACAUAGCGGAGAGUUUCCUAUCGGUUCACCCAGAGCAGAUGCAGGUGAAGGUUUUCUGUACCUACUGUGACUUCCCUUUUCCUGCAGCUAAAACGUGUCUGCAUUGUGAAGUCUCUUUGUGUAACAAGCAUUUAAUAAAACACAACAAAUCACAAGAACAUGUAUUAACUGAACCCACCACUUGCUUGGGGAGUCAAAAAUGCCUGGAUAAUGAGAAGGACUUAGACUGCUGCUCUGGAGAUGCUGCCAGUAUUGAUGCAUCCUGUAGAAAAGGUGGGCACCAAAUGGAGGCAAUGCAUGAGAUCUGUGAGAAGAAUAAGAAUAAGCUGAAAAUUAUUCUAGAAAAACUGACUUUAAAGAGAGAAGAAACUGAGAUACAAGUCCAGAAAUUACAGGAGUUUAAAAGGGAAGUGCAAGAGAAAGCGGCUGGUGAAACAGGGAAAGUCAUUGCCAUUAUAAAGGAUAUCACAGAGCAACUGGAAGCCCUGGAGAAGCGAGUCCUGAGUGAGAUCUCCAGGCAAGAAGAGCAGGUCUCACUCCGAGUCUCAGAUCUAACCCGGAAGCUGGAAUUUAAGAAGGAGGAGCUGUCCAGGAAGAUGGGUCACAUUGAGGACCUGGGUAACAUGACGGACCCAUUAACUGUCUCACAGGAAAAUGAAUUAGACAGUGCUGACUAUUGUGACACUGAGGGGGAAGGUGACAGGGACAGAGAGAUAGAUUAUCAAAAUAGCCAUACUGAAGGGGAUCUAGAUGUAAGCCUGAUCUCAUUGUCCUUGCACACAGGCUUAGUUGAUAUUGUGACUGGUGUAAAGAGAAAGUUCCACUCAACCGAAUCUUCGGACAUUUUACUGGGUGUAAAAAUUACUGCAGACAUAGUCAUGGAUAUAAAUACAGCGAGUAACCACAUAGCUUUAUCGAGUGACCUGAAAACUGCCUUGUGGUCUGAAAUAGCAAAGAGUCGCCCAGAAACACCAGAGAGAUUUCAGGAUUAUCCUCAAGUCUUAAGCACCAGGAGUUUUGACUCAGGACAACAUUACUGGGAAUUGGAGACCAGUGAAUCAGAUGGUUGGAGGAUCGGUAUGGCCUAUCCCAGUGUGGACAGAAAAGGCUUUAAGUCACUUCUUGGAUAUAAUAAGAAGUCCUGGUGUUUGUGGAGAUGGUAUAAUCAGUACUCCGUGAGGCAUAACAGUAAAGGGAUCCAUUUACCUCAUAGCCCAUCCUGUCAGAAACUAGGAAUAUCCUUGGACUACGAGGCCGGGCGGCUGUCCUUCUAUGAGCUGUGUGACCCAAUCAGACACUUACACACCAUAACUUACACCUUCACUGAGCCGCUUCAUGUUGCAUUGUGGAUAGUAAAUGAUGCAUGGGUGAAAGUUGUUCCCAGGAUUGAUGAGUUUUGUAUAACUGCCAAGUGAUUGAUUAUGAAAGUAGACCAUGGUUGGUUUAAUGGUUAAGGGAACGUAAGCAGAAAAACAUGAAGCCAGGUGUGAAUAACUAGAGAACUUAAUUAUUAGAAGAAUAAUCUGUUUUAAUGUAAUGGUGUAUAUGUGUAUGUUGUGUGUAUAUGUGUACUUUGGCAGUGUUUCCAUACAGUUUCAGUGCGUGUGCUUUUUAAAUAGGAACUGCAUGUGCAUUUAGUUUAAAGGGACACUGUAGGCACCCAGACCACUUCAGCUCAUUGAAGUGGUCUCGUUGCUGUCUCCCUUUUGCACUUAGUGCUGCAGUGUUAAGCAUUGCAGUUCCAGAGAACAAUGUUUGCAUUGCAGCUCUAAGUCUGCCCCCAGUGGCUUUCUGCCAGACAGCCACUGGGGGCGCUUCUGGAAUCCAAACUGACUUUUGGUCCGUUAUCUGGUGCUGGACGUCCUCACGGACCUCCAGUGUCAGAUUUUCACCAUAGGAAAGCAUUGAAUAAUGCUUUACUAUGGGGAGGUCUAAUGUGCUCGCGCGGCCAUUGCCACGCAUGCGCAUUAGGUCUCCCCUGCCAUCGGUGGGUUAGGACUGUGGACGUAGCCUGACCCAGUGCCGAGGGACAUCGGCGCAAGAUUCAGGUAAGUGGCUGAAGGGGUUUUAACUCCUCCCACGGGAGGAGUGUCGCGAGGGAGGGGGGACCUACUAACUCUAUAGUGCCAGGAAAACGGCUUUGUUUUCCUGGCACUAUAUGAUCUCUUUAAGGCUAAAUAUACUUUACAGUUGAAUAAAUGUAAGAGGCAAGCCUACUUGUGUAGGGAUCAUAGUAUGUGUGUAGAGGGAUGGUGCAUGUAUGUAGUCAUUCAGGGCAAAUUCAUAAAGGGCUAGUUCAUGAUGUGUAGCAUCAUGGUAUGGGUUAAUAGGAUCUAUGUAUGCAUGUAGAGGGCAUGUGUUUACAGAGUGUGUGUAUGUGUAGAGAGUGUGUGUAUACGUGUGUAUUUAAUACUGCGUAUGUAGAGAGAAUGUGUGUGGCCAGUCAGUCUGUACAUGGAGUCAAUGCCAUUUUUUAAGCCAGUAAGUGCCGCUCCGUAGAGCAGGGGUAGGCAACCUUUGGCACUCCAGAUGCUGUGGACUACAUCUCCCAUAAUCCUCUUACAGCCAUAAUGCUGACAAAGAUGUAGUCCAGAAGUAGUCCAUAUCAUCUACAGUGCCAAAGGUUGCUGGUCCCUGCUGUAGAGAAUCAAAGCGUGUGUGUUUGUGUAUAGAUGGUCCUCCGGGACGCUCAGUCAGUGAAUACCUUUAGAACGUGGAUGAGAUUAAUAUUUCUAAUAUGAUGUGGAGGUGGAUCUUCCACAUUACCAAUAGCCAAGCAGAGGAAGAGGUGCCGUGGAGACCCCCAGCAUUCAUCAAACCACUCAAACAGUGUAACCAAAAAUGAGGGGACAGCGUCUGUGGCAUAAUAAUACCAUAACCACUACAUUGGUGGGUGCCUAGACUGCUCAUUUACUACCUCAUAAUCCAGGAUGUGAAAUAUCACAACAUUUUGUAUCUUUUAUGUUACCGUGCUAAAAAUAUAUGAA